AUUAAGGCGGGAUCUGGCAUUGAAUAGAAAUGGAGGCGGUGCAUUCAUAUCCUGAUUCCGUGUUGUUCACGUUUAUUUGACUAUGAAUUCCGGUGUAUAUGUGCCAGUAGACUGUUCGAGUUUGAGAAUGCGCUAGCCUAAAUGCGCUUUUCCAAGUUGUCAAAUGAGGGCUCUUAUGGUCAUGAAAAUCAGGACCGGCUCUAGCCUUUUGGGGGACCUAAGCGAGCCCUCCCCCCCAACCAAGCGGGGAAUUGACGGCCCAGGAAAAGAAUGCAGUUUUAUUUAUUUUUAAAUCCCAAAUCAAGCACUGGUUAAUUGACAUUCCUUAUGCCCAAUAUGAUGUGCUAGGAUAUAACUUCCAUUCGCGCUGUUCACCAACGUUUAUGAAACGUUUCGAUAUUGAAUGCUGCUCUGCACGUCCUCUCUGACCAAAACUUCCGUCUUCAAGCAUUCGAUUCGUGCCAAACACAGACAUGCCUGCAAAAUAAACCGAUUGACUCUUUGAGGGCUCUCAACAAAGCCUCUCCUGUGAGUAUGUAUAUAUAUUAUAUUAUAAAGUUGAUUUUCGGAAAUCGAACAUCUAAAUGAUUAUGUAGUCAGCAAAUUGUGUGCCAUCUAGUCAACAAAAAAAAACAUCAAGUGGGUGAUUUGAAAUCGCCAUAACUUCUUUAUCUGACGGCGGAUGCUAGCUACGUUAACGUUAGCGGGUAACGUUGAAGUGAAGUUAGGUCAAAUUUGUAGCAACAAAAAAAAAAAAACGAAAAGAAAACAACAAAACGGGAAAACAGCAAAAAUGUAAGAUGUCCUUUUUGAAAAUCAUUGAGGAAAACAUUUAAUUGCAUUUGGAAUUUCAGUUUACAUCCUGAAUUCAAAUGAACCUCAACCCUGCCAGAUAGCAUGUGGUGCUACUAAGUUAACCAUCUCGUCAACACUUUGUCCCCUCACCUUAUCUUGAAAGACGGGGCGAAAGCCUAAACCCAAAAGGAUAGAGGAGGGCGGACUACCAACCAACCAAUAAACCGACCACACAAAAUACCAAAACACCAGUAUCCAAGAUGAAGCGAGCCGGCCGAGGAGGGGAUGAAUCUGGUACCGGUACCCACCGUCAGAACGGUGUGUCCGGGGGGAGAGGCGGCGCCAAGGGAGCGGUUGCGGAGCGGGGGGAUGCAGCAGCCGGUGGUGAUGAUGAUGAGGCCGGGUGCAGCCCAGCAGACAUGCAGGAUGAGGACAAUGAUCCAGCACGGAGGAGAGAGAUCAGGAGCAAGUACAGGGACCUCAUCAACUCUGUUCAACAGAACAGAGAGGACAUGUUGAGUCCCACCAACAACAAACUGACAGACGUGUUGGAGGAGGCCAACAAACUGUUUGCAGAAGUCCGUCAGGCCCGUGAAGCGGCUUUAGAUGCCCAGCUCCUGGUGCUGGCUACAGACCUGGGGAAGGAGAAGGCCAGCCAGCUACACGCAGAGGGUUCAGCCUUUGACCCCGCAGCCUUCGCUGAACACCUGCUGUCAUUCAUGGGUCUGAAUCGCCUGGAGGAGGAAGAUGAAGAUGUGGAGGGUGGAGCGAGCGGCGGCUACCUCCCCCAGGACGCCUGGCAGAGGGUAGCUAACAGAGCUCAGUGCUGCUUCAGGACUGCCCCCUCUUUCCACUAUAUGAUGGGAUCGUUCCUGGUUGAGCUGCCUCCACCUCGCCAGAGGGUAGAGAGACAGAGGAAAGUUCCCGGCAAGGAAGCCAAGAGGAUCAUGCCCACUCAGUUGAAGAGGAUGGAGGAGUCUCACCAGGAAGCUACAGAGAAGGAGGUAGAGAGGAUUCUGGGAUACCUGCGGAGCUACUUCUUUGAUGACCCCACAUCUCCCAUCUCCUACUAUGAGUUUGUCAUAGACCCCACCUCCUUCUCCCGCUCUGUGGAGAACAUCUUCCACACCUCCUUCCUGGUCAGGGAUGGUUUGGCGAAAAUGUACCUGGAUAAUCACAAACUUCCUUGUAUAGCCCCUGUGGAGGAAGGGGAGGUGGAGGCUGGAGGAGCGACUAACAGGCAGCAGUGUGUCAUCUCUAUCAGCCCCAAGAGCUGGAAGGAGUUAAUCGAGGCCUUUGAUAUCACCGAGCCACUGAUCCAGGUUCCCAGCACACAGCACACAGAAUGAUGCUGAUAUGACAGCGAUUUCCUUUUAAAACAUUAGAGCAUUUUAUCGACUUUAACUCUAGCUAUAAAUAUUAGUUUUCUAUUCAUAGGUCUUGUUCGCGGUUUUUUGUAUUAUUUGAUUAAAGGGAGUGAACCCAAA